UGGGAUAUCAAUCUACUCACAAUGGCAGAAAAGAUCUCAACGUUGAUCUUAAAAGUUAAUCUCGGCUGCCACCUUUGUUACAAGAAGAUAAGAAAGACCCUGCGCAAGCUCCAAGAUAAGGAGAACAUCAAAAGCAUAUCCUACGAUGAGAAGAACGGGACGGUGACAAUCUCGGGUCCCUUCGAUCCCCAUAGGCUGGCCAAGAAGCUCAAGUGCAAGGCAUGCAAGGUGAUCGAGGGCAUCCAGAUCAAGGAGGAAAAGGAGAAGAAACCGGACGAGAAGCAGAAAGCCGAGGUAGCCAAACCGGCCGACAAGUCCAAGGAGGAGCCGAAGCAGAAGAAAGAUGAUGCGGGGAAGAAGGAUGAGCCGGAGAAGAAGAAGGCAGAGCCGGAGAAGAAGAAGUCGGAGCCGGAGUCGGAGGGGCUGCCGGUGGUGCUGACUCCUUACCUGUGGCCACCACCGGGUGCGGUCCUGUGCUGCCCCGGGCCAUACUACGAGAGCUACUACGGAGGCACCAGGUGCUGCUCCUGCGAGAAGGUGACCAACCCUCCUCCUCCUCCUCCGCCGACCUACGGUGGGCCCUACUACCCAUUACCUUGCGAAAUCGUCUGUGAAGAGGACUCAUCGACGCCAUGCAGCGUGAUGUGAUCACCAAUCCGGCCGGCCGACCGGCGUCUCUCCCCCCCCCCGCCAAUCUCCUGUCGGUGUGCCACGUUACAAUAAGCACCAGAAGUGUAUGGUUUGUGGGAUCGGACUAUUACUACGACAUGAAAGGUUGCGUUAUUUUAUGUGAGACCGUUCGAUAUCUUCCAGCAUUCAUGCUUUUAUUUGGGUGGGGGAUGCACAUUACAGAGGCCCACCAAAUGUAAUGCCUUUCCAGUAGAUGAAUGUAGAUUCAUAU